CGCUACUCGUUAGUUACCUACCUAGGUACCUAGUAGGUAUGCUAGCAAUUCCCUGAUCUCGGAUUUAUCAGAAUCAUCGACGGAAAAUGGCCGAACAGCCUAUGAAAUACUACCAGGAACCUGUACAUGUCGUUGGCACGACCAUAUUUUUGACGGUGCUUAACAUAGUAUUAAUAAGCCUUAGGUUCAGGGUGAGAAGCCUCCAGAAGCUACCCUUGGGGCUAGAUGACUGGAUCAUGAUACCAGCUUUAAUCAUGACAAUGCUCCUCGGAAUUGACAUAGGGUAUGGGGUUUCUCGAAAAGCGCUGGCUUAUCGUACUGAAGUGCCCCCUGGAUCUACUGGUGAUCUCACAUUCGAAGUUAUCACAGACCAAAUCUUAUUAUCUUUCAAGAUUGGAUAUAUGUUCAAUAUAACGUUCGUUCUAGCUAUCGGUUUCGUAAAAUCCAGCAUCCUCCUGUUCUACCUCCGACUAUUUUCUAUCAAGAACGGCAAAGUUCGGGUGAUUCUCAUCACCCUAAUUAUCAUUGUUGUUAUGUGGACCGUGGCCUGGCUUUUUGAAUCGAUAUUCAACUGCAAACUAAAUUUCUGGGCAGUUCAGGGAACGUCUCAAGAUCUCAAAAAUAAGUGUGUCGACUUUUCGGCUGCUGACCUAACCCUCUGUAUCACGGACUUUGUCAUAGAUGUCGCGAUAAUUAUUUUCCCUAUCCCACUUAUCUGGAACUUAAAUGCAUCAACCCGUAGAAAGAUUGCGACGAGUGGCGUAUUCCUUCUAGGAAUUGGUACUAUCGCGACCUCUCUUGUUCGCGUUGUCGUGGUAAGUAAAAUAGUUGCAAUCGGUUUAGCCACUGAUUCCGACCAAGUUCUAACAAUUACCGCGUAUGUGUACUGGGGGAUGGUUGAGACCGGUAUUGGUAUACUUGUCGCUUGUCUACCAACAUUGGCUUUUCUCUUCAAGGACAUCACUUUCAAAUCUAUCAUGACUGCCACGAAACGCCUUUUCUGCAAAGUUCAUCUAAAUUCUACGAGCCUCGACAACGAUUCUAUCCAAGCCCAGAGCUUGAGUAAUGACAUAUAUCAGAAAAAAACGAGCAUAUCUACGAAGUCAAACUUGAGCUCAAGACCAUGGAUGUUGGCUACUAGUGGCGAUGAUCCUAUGCUAGAUCAAGAUUCAUAUGCUAUGAAAGAUAUUAUCAAUGCUAGGGAGUCUGUAUAAAUUAAUAGGACCUGGCCACUUGAAUCUUGAUG